AUGUCUACCGUCGCCAAGCAGGACGCAAAGGACUUUGACCAGUCGGCUGCCCCCGCCGUCAAGAGCCACAAGAUCAGGAUCACCCUGACCUCGCGCAACGUCAAGAACCUCGAGAAGGUCUGCACCGACUUGGUCAACCGCUCGAAGGACAAGCAGCUCCGCGUCAAGGGCCCCGUCCGCCUCCCGACCAAGCGCCUUCACAUCGUCACCCGCAAGACUCCUUGCGGUGAGGGUUCGAAGACCUGGGACCACCUCGAGAUGAAGAUCCACAAGCGCCUCAUCGACCUCGAGUCCCCCGCCGAAGUUGUCAAGCAGAUCACCUCGAUGUCGAUCGAGUCGGGUGUCGAGGUCGAGGUUACCAUCGCGGCCUAA